AUGAAUAAUAAUAAUUGUUUGGGAGUUAAAGAGAUUAGAUAGAAAUGCAAAUCAUUUUUCGAACAAUACUCUAAUCGAUUGCCUCAGCAGGUUUCAAAAUCAAGAGACGCCCAACAAUAUUAGUCACUAUGUUAACAUGAAGUUAGAAAAUUUGAAAAGAUGUAUCUCAAACCAAAGCGAUCAGUUUAAUAUAAUUCUAUUCAAACCGAAUCAAACCAAGUUGACAGUUAUGCCUAUUGCCAAAGAAGACAAAGCACAGAACCAAAAGGCAACUCAAAAAAGAGGAGUCACAUAAUUAAAACUAAAGUAUUAAGUUAAUUGGACUUAUAUAAAUCUUGUGACAUCGACACAUUUAAUAAUCAGGAGAUUCCUAUAGGAGAUAUUACAAUUUAGUAUCAUUAGAAUUCUGAGAAUCGAAAGGCUAGUGUAAUUAAUAAAGAAAAUCAGAAGGAAGACAAUCUGAGAUUACCUAUCCUAAAAAAAUGCUUAUUCUGUAAAUUAUACAAAUUCACAUUAGAAAUUGACAAAUCAGAUAACAAAGUUAAUCAAGGGAAGCUGCCAAAAUUUGGUGAGAGUUUGGUGACACCAUUUUUUGGAACUAAAAAGCCCAUUUCUUUGGAUAAAAGACCAUGUGAAUUUUAAGGGUUAGUUUACAAGAGAAAAAAAUGA